CAAAUUUUAUUUGGUUUCACUGUAUGAUUGUAUACUUCAUCAUUCGUAGAAAUUUAUGGAUGAGCGCGGCUGUUUUGUACAAACCUAAAACCAAAAAUUUAUAUCGAAUUGUAACACUUGAUGGACAUUAUCUUUAUUUAUAUAUUGAUGACUUUUUCAUCGCUUACUUAAAGUUUUGGUACAUCCGAAGUUCCGGAAACCAGUUCUCUCUUAUAUGCCAUUAAAGGUAUGUUGAUUUUGUCAGUACAAUACACCAUAAGGUGUUGCUUUGACAUGCAAUGAUUGUCACUUUAUUUGAACUUAAGACAAAAGAGCUGUGCCUGCUUGAAAUAAAGGAAUUUAACAUAGAAAGCAAUGGGGCUAUGAAUUAGUGGUGUACUUCCAAUAAGAGUAACAAAACGCAGGCAGGAUACUGAUUUUCGGGCACACGUGUUUCUAGAUUAACUAUUUCCGGUUCGCUCGGAACCUAAACAUUGUUCUGGAAUCCAAUGUUAACAACUCAGUCGUGGAACAUAAAAAACAAAGGACCUCAACAGAACAACCUAACUCUUUUAACGUUAGCUUUUCUUCGGAUCGUAUACUAUGACUUCAACCUUGGCAACUAUUUCGUAUAGUCAGUGAUAAACACAUCAUUAUUCUAUGAAUACUUAGACAAUGAGGCAAUUCAAGACAGGAAACAUAAGAAAUGACAAAUAAAAACAAGACCCAGACAGUCAAACACAGGGAUAAAUAUAUCUGCAAUAAGAUGACAAUGAAAAGUAAAUCAGGGUAAAGUUAAGAAAACAGCUAUUUGGAGCGCCGCUGAUGAGUCUUAUGAUAACGUCUGGCGCACCAAAUUAUAAGCCUGUAUCUUUGGUGAGCUAUUUGGAGCGCCGCUGAUGAGUCUUAUGAUAACGUCUGGCGCACCAAAUUAUAAGCCUGUAUCUUUGGUGAUUUUUUUUCCACACUACUUUAUCCUUUAAAGCUAACUAUUUUUCCAUUUUAUGGGAAUAUUUCUGAGAAUGAAGUCGAAAGAUGAAACAGCAGAUAGUGAAUGUACUUCUUCAACAACAGUUUUAACAGAAGGUAUACCUGUGAAACGAAGACUUGGAUUCCUCAGUGGUGUGUCUAUCAUUGUAGGAACUAUUAUAGGUUCUGGUAUUUUUGUCUCCCCGAAAGGCGUAUUACAGAAUACCGGAUCCGUUGCUUUUUGUCUUAUAACAUGGUGUGGAUGUGGACUAAUAUCUUUGAUGGGCGCGCUUGUAUAUGCAGAACUUGGAUUGAUCAUCCCAAAAUCAGGAAGUGACGUUGGAUAUUUAUUGGCUGCAUUCGGAACUUUUCCAGCUUUUAUGUAUACCUGGGCACAACUUUUGAUCUUUCCUGGAGGACAAGUUAUUAAAAGUUUAACAGUAGCCGAAUAUAUCUCGAAAGCUGUGUUUGAUGAGUGUGGGCCAAAUGAAGCAACAAAGAAAAUAAUAGCGGCUUUUGUUUUAUUAUCUGCGGGUAUAACCAAUUGUAUAAGUGUACGCCUAGUUGCCAGGACCCAGAUACUAUUCACAACGUUGAAGUUAGCAGGAUUAACAAUCAUUAUUGUUGGCGGUAUCAUUUCACUAGCAAAAGGACAGCUCGGAAGUUUAACGACUGGGUUUGAUGGGACUAUAGACAACCCAACAACUAUAGUAUCUGGUGUUUAUAGUGGACUGUGGGCUUUCGAUGGAUGGGCUCAGUUAAAUUUUGUUGUCGAGGAAUUAAAGAAACCAAAACGAAACUUACCACUGUGUAUCAUUACCUCUGUACUGCUUGUUUUGGUGGUUUAUUUGUUGGUGAAUGUAUCUUACUUUGCUGUACUAAAUAAAGAUGAGUAUUUGUCAUCCUGGGCUGUUGCAGGGACCUGGGCAGAAUACGUACUACCAGGAGCAGUAGUACUAGUACCUAUAACUGUGGCUUGUUCAGUCUAUGGGUCAUUAAACUCGUCGGGAUUCGCUGUUGGUAGAAUCAUCUUUGCUACCGCAAGGGAAGGACUUUUUCCAGAGUGUCUUAGUUACUUAAACAUCAACUCAAACAUACCAUUACCAUCUACCAUAUUGAUAGUAACGUUAUCUUUUAUUAUGAUAUUACCCUCAAACAUAGGACUACUGCUGAAUUUGCUGGGAUUUUUGACGUGGUUGUUUUAUGGAUUUGGAAUGAUUGCUAACCUAGUACUAAGAUUUAAAAUGAAAGAUACUAAAAGGCCUUUAAAGGUACCGAUAGUUAUACCUAUACUGGUACUUAUCUGUUGUGUGUACUUAGUGGUAGCACCAUUCCUUGAACCAGUAAAGGUCGAAUUUUGGUAUGCUGUCACGUAUUUAGCAGUGGGCGUGGUUCUUUAUUUUCCAUUUGCAUUUUUUAAACUUAGCGUUCCAGGCAUAGACAAAGUUAACUCUCUAGUGCAAUUACUGAUGAAUUCAGCACCACCACAACAAAUAAGAAUUUAGAGGAAUAGUUUCCAUACGGAUAGGGACAAAUUUAACUUCUUUUAAAAGUAUCUUAAUAUUGAUUUAAAAAAAAGUUUUAGUCAUAUAUUUCAUUGAAUCAAAGAUUGUAGUGGACAAACAGACAAUCAGUUUAUUCGUACUGAUAUAAUGAAAAUAUUUCAAGCAUAUAUUAGAGUAUUCUUUUAUUACUGAUAAGUUUGGAAGAAAGCGAUAUUAAGUCGUCUUAUCAUUAGAAAAAAAAACUGACACACAUAAACAAAACAUGGACAUGUAGUUAGUAUAUCUUAAUAGCCAUGGCGUUGUCAGUUUAUUUUCGACUUAUGAGUUUGAAUGUCCCUUUGGUAACCUUCGCCUCUCUUUUAAUAUGUGUACCCACAAAAACAUUUAAAAAUGAGUAAACAGUUGUGUUGCCCUUGCAGGUUGCGCAUGGUGAGAUUAUCAAAAUUCCUUGAACAUAUCGUUGAAUAUAAGCCGCAAGUCAUUAUUUGAAGCUUUUUGCCGAGUGUUUGCAGCCUUAAAAACGAAAGAGGUUCAUAUUGUGUCGAUCGACUGAUAUUUGUACAAAUCUUUAUGCUAGACACUGAUAAUAAACUAAUAUAUCGACAAUU